ACUUGUCACGUUUCUGCAUCAUCAGAUUCCACCAAUGCAUGCCAACACUACCACGCAUGCCUUACACUUGUCACAUUUUUGCAUAUUCAGUUUACUUGAAAAAGAGUAUAAAUAGAGGGUCAUUCUUGCAAGUUUUCAUCUACCACUAACACUUUUAUUCAGAGAACUCAGGCGAAACUUCUCAUCCACCAAGCUUCUUCCUACAUUGCAGUCAUGUCGCUUCUUACCAUGGGCCAAGAACACAGAGGAACUAGGGCAAACAUUGCCUCAUUCGUAAGUUUUUCUUGAACAUUGCCUCUUUCGUAUGUUUGUAGUUAGUUUUUUAAAAGUCCAAUAUAAUAAUUUUUUAUAUUGUUUGUUUUUAAAGGAUCCCAAGAAAUUUCGUCAACGUUCACACCCAAUGCCUUAUCCAGACCCAUGGUGCGUACCUUACAUAGAGCGUGCGGGUUUCGGUCAUGUAAUGCAUGUCGUAAAUGCCACCAUUGAUGCCAAAUUCAUUUUGGCUCUGUGUGAACGUUGGAGACCUGAGACACACACCUUUCACCUACCAACUGGUGAAUGUACCGUCACAUUAGAGGACGUGUACAUGCUUUUAGGUCUUAGAAUAGAUGGUAAGCCUGUCACCGGAAAUGUUCAACAGCCUAACCAAAUAUGUGUUGAAAUGUUGGGGGUAGAUCUGGUCGAGGGUGAGGGGUCUGCCAAAGCAAGGGGUCAGGGUAUUAAAUUAUCUAGCCUACAAUUGUACCACGACUCCAUAACUUUGACUGAGGAAUCCUCCGAACAAGAAAAAGUCAUAAAAACCCGGGUUUACAUUAUGCUAUUGUUUGGGAACUUGCUAUUUCCCGAAGGGACGGGAAAUAGCAUAAAUUUUAUGUACUUGAGUUUGCUCGGGGACAUUGAUAGAAUAAGCACAUAUAGUUGGGGUUCUGCAGUAUUAGCAUUCCUAUAUAGCUCUUUGUGUAAAAAUGCACAAAAUGAGCACUGUACAUUUUCUGGAUGUUCUUUUUUGCUUCAAACAUGGGGGUGGUGGAGAUUGCCGAGGCUAGCCCCAGAAAAUCCUAAUGACUACUCCUUCCCCUACGCAACUAGGUUCAUUACAACCGGACUGGAUUACAGUCUUACCCCCAAAAAUAAAAUUAUAUUUUAUCGUCAACUGUUGGAUCGUCUCCGAGCACAGGAUGUAUUACCACUAAAUCACUCAACUUCUAACUGAUUUAUUAAUGUCAUGCAUUAUCGAUAAAUAACAUAUUUACUUUUUUCUUUGCAGUUUAUUUGGAGGCCAUAUUUGGGAUUGGAACAUCAACCAAACCCCGAAGAUGCAGCUGUUUGGACAGCAAAAACGGCCAUAAUGCGGUUCACCACUGUGGAGAUGCACCAAACUGACCGUGUCAAGCUUCAAUUCGGAAUGCAUCAAGACAUCCCAGGCCCCCCAAUGUCCAUGGAACCUUGGCAUCUAAAAAAAGUCAGCCACCAGUGGUAUGCCCAAAAUUGGAAGGAAUUUGCUAAGGAGUUUCGAAAAAUGUGGAAAGACCGUGCCCACUAUGUUCUACAAUUUCCGGUGGCGCCCAACGAAAUGAAGCCGACAAGGGAAUAUGUGGAAUGGUAUAGAGCAAAUACCAAUCCAGAAAUGAUUGUGUCUGACCCGUUCUAUUUGGACGAUCCCCGGAUGCAACAGCCAUAUUUCCAACAACAACAACCACCACAGUAUUCCCAACAACAACAACCACCACCUUAUUACCAACAACAACCACCACAACCAUUUUACCAACAACAACCACCACCACCUUAUUACCAACAACAACCACCACCACCAUAUUACCAACAACAACAACCACAACACAUGUCCACCCCCCAACCAAAUCAACAAUACAUACCACAAACUCAAUCCCAAUACCAUGAAGACUACCAACAACAAACUCAACAUUCCCACCACCAUCAACAGUCCCAACACCUACCACAAUAUCAAUCCCCCUACUUCCACCAAUCCCAACAAUUCCAACACGGCAAUUUCCCAAGCUCUUCCAGUCCUCCACCUAGCCCCGACACGGGUAUACAAGAGGACUACCAACAGGACUACUACACACCACAACAAACAUUGCACUUUGGCCAACCCGAUUCAACCCUAAACUACCAAAGACCACAAUUCGAGGGCGCACCCAGCAGUAGUCAGUUUGUCCCACCGAGACAAAGCUUCGAGGGCGCAGAGGGGACCCGUCUUUCCUACAGCACUGAAGGGACUUCGACCGAACCACAACGGCAAGCGGCAAGGGGGCGCGUUAGGGCAAGGGGUGGUAAUAGGGAAGCACCACCACCACGUGAACCGUCUAGGCGAGUAACUAGACCUCCCCCGUGCGGAUCGUACAAGGGACCGUAUCAUAUGUGA